AUGGGUUCAAAAUCCGAAUACGUCGAAGCCUUAACAUGGAAUCGAAAUGUAUUCCGUCGACUCUACAUAAAUCGCGAUGAGAAAAGUUUCACCGAAUCCAAUUCGACUCGAUUUUUCAAAGCUGUAUUCAAUGGGUGCAUCCAUGGCAGUCAAUUUUCGAUAAUAGUUUCGUUGUGUUUCUUCUUACAAAUGCACAUUCGAUCGUUUGAACGUGUUUUGCUCGGUGUGUAUGAGAUGUGCGUUACAACUAGUGCAUACUUUACAUUUUGGGCAAUAUUUCUGUCGCGUAACAAAGUCACCGAGUUUUUCGACGAUUUGCAAGAGAUUUAUGACGAAAAUAGAAACGAGAGGUCGUUUUCCGUAUUUCUUGAGGCCAAUGAGAAAAGUGAGAACAGCACAAAGUUUCUAAUGAAAGGUGCACCGACGAUGUACUUUUUUUAUCAAGUAUUUUUGACCCUUUUGAGUCUCUUCAUUUGCUAUCGAGCCGAUGGAUACAUCGAUCCAGCCCGACUAUCACUUUAUAACCCGUUUAAAUUUGUGUUACCUUGGAAUCAAAAAUCGUUGAUUGGUUGCAUUGCAUCUCGAUUGUAUGCACUGUUGUUUGGUCAAUCGUACGUUAUACUCUACGGGGUUUUUAGCUCGUAUUUUGUGUCCAUUGUUCAUCAUCAUAAUGCAUUUUACAAACAUUAUCAUGCAAUUUGCGAACAAAUUAACGAACUGUCGCAACUCGAACAUAAUGGAUCAAAAGGGAAAUAUACUCUGAUUAAGCUCAUAAAAUUCCAUACGGCCGCCAAAGGGCUCUUUAAAAAAUCCGCUGACAUAUUUAGCAGAGCAAUCAUUAUUCAACUGAUCGGUGGCACCAUUUAUGUGUCGUGCCGGAUCUUUCAAUUGGAUGUCACCAUUCAUAACCGAGAUCCAAAUGUGCUACUUGUUAUUGUAGGGAUGAGCGUUGGACUGUCGUAUCUUUUCCUAUAUUGUUACUAUGGGAAACGAACUAACGUCUACUAUUCUCAAAUGGGUCAAAGUUUGUUCGAAUCAAAUUGGUAUCUGCUACCAAAUGAACUGCAAAAAUUCUAUAUUUUAAUGAUUGCCAACGUACAAGUGCCCAUUUCAUAUCAUGGUUUGAAUGUGGUUGAUUUGAAUUUGGAACGAUUUACAAAGGUGAUUUAA